AUGUCCACGCUCACUCCUUCGACAAUGACGGUGACAACACCACAACACAACCAUAGCAUGCUCCGAGUCAAGAUCCAAUACAACCACGACGGCCCCAAGAGACUCUUGCGUUUCGACCCAUCGAUUGACUUUGAGGCUCUGUUGAGGAAAAUUGUGGCGAAAUUGGAUGUUAUCACUGGCAAAGAUAAUGAUCUCAUCCAAGAAGUGUACCAACUGACAUUGGAAGGGGAUGCCGAGGUUCAAGAGGUCUCCGAAAUUGAGCAUGGAGACACUUUGGUCUUGAUCCCAAAGUUGUCUCGACCUGUCAAGAAGGAACCGACUGAAAAUGUGGACGACGAUGAUGAUGAUGAUGAUAGCGUGCAAGACGCUACCGAGGAAAUGUUACAGAAAAAAGAGGCAAAAAAGCGGGAGGAGACAAUCGCCUUGAGCUCCGACUCGGAUUCCGAGGAGGAUGACAAUAGUGAGGAUGAAGAGGAAGUGAAUGAUCAAGAAUCAGCGUGGGAAGCCUCGUCAUCAGAGGAAGAAUCAGACGAUGACAGUCAAGAUUCAGAUUUUGAUGCAGAAGAAGAGGGAAUAAUGGCUGCCGCCAAAAAACAACAAAAACGACGGCCGCCACCCGAAUCACCCCUUCAGGUUCUCAUGGACGAAAAAGAUGUACCGGCAGCUCCUGGAAAACCGUCGGAACGAGACGAUACUAAUAAUGGUGGCUUGGAAGAAGCCUCCACGUUGGUGGAUGGUGCCGGCAAAAACAAAGCAGACCGGGCCGUCAAGGAUCGAAUCAUCAAACUACUCAAUACUGGAUUCCACUCAGAAAGCAACGAACAUGAAGCACGCAAUGCCAUGAAGUUGGCACAGAGGCUCAUGCGAAAACACAACCUGUCUCAAGCUAUUUUACUCAAGGAACGAGAGGCCAAGAACAAUAAUUCUGGUUCUAAUGACGAAGUGUUAAAAGGUGGCAUGGUCAAAGUUCAAAUUGUCAAUCGAAAAACGAGGAAACCAGCACAAUAUGCAAGAUGGAUAUCCAACCUAUGCAGUCCAGUCGCGAAAAACUUUGGGGUCAAGGUAUAUAACCAAGUACGGCGUGGUCACAGGUGUACAGUGGUGUUUUAUGGGAUCUAUACCAAUGCCCAGCUGGCCGGGUAUGCCUUUCGUGUGGCAACGGAACGAAUUGCACAAAUGACGGCCGAGUACACACCCAACAACAAUAAACAAGGAACCACUACCAAUAUCGGCACCAAGAGUGCCAGGUUGAGCUAUGCUCUUGGGAUUGUCAAUGGCAUUUCCGAGGAAGUGAACAGGAACCUUCAAUUGGAAGACGAGCGGCGCCAGAGAAAGUUAGAUCGGGCCAGGUUGGCGGUUUCGACAGGAGAAGCAUACGAGGAGAGUGAUGACGAAGACGACGAAGGAGAAGCUUUGGACGACAGUGAACACGACAAUGAUGGCCCCAGUUUCUCGUUUCCACGUAGCGCGGCUCAAAGGCAUGAUGGUGCUCCCACACACCAAGACGACGAAGAAGAAUCAAACGGGGAGUCCACGACAGCGAAAGAGAGCUCUGAUGCGGAUGGAGAUGCUUCUAAAAACCUGAAACAACCAGCAACGGUGACAGGGGAUGAUCUCAACAAUCGACUGCAUCAACUUGAACAAGAAGAGCAGGCAGCAAUUGUUCUUGUGGAUCACGGGGAAAAGGUGGCAGAAGACGUGUUGAAAGAGCAUGAAAUCAAACUGAGGACUGGUAGAAAACGUAAAGCCAUCAAUUUUGACCGCAAGUCUUUCCGAAAAGGAAUUGAAGAUUCCAAGGAGAUUGACAUCAAUCAGCGGGCUCUUCGAGAUAAAACGAGAGUGAAGAAAGAAAAGAGAGAACGAUAG